CAGCGUGGUUCUGGUAGCAGUACCGGACAGUGUACGUCUUUGGUACGUUCACGCAUUUUAGCGUACACAAAGAAAUGAAGCUUCUGGGUUUUUCUGCGCUUUGCGCACUCCUGCUGUUGGCAAGCGCAGAAGAAAAGUCAGACAGUAGCGGUACCGAAAAAAAAGCGACCGACAGCAAACCCGUGGAGUCCGCCCCUGUCGAGAAGAAGCAGGACAAGCGGGGGCUGGAGCACAGCUACGGGGGUGGUCACGAUUUCGGAGGCGGCGGAGGUGGAUUCGGUGGAGGACAUGGUUUAAUAGACUUAGGAGUACACGAAGAAAAAACCGUAACCAUCGAAAAGAAAGUACCCCAACCCUACCCAGUAAUCAAAACAAUACCGGUACCAGUAGAAAAGAAAGUACCAUACCCAGUAAAGGUUCACGUUCCUGCUCCAUAUCCUGUUGAAAAACAAAUUCACGUACCCUACAAAGUACCAAUUCACGUCAAAGUACCCGUUCACAAACCAGUACCCGUAGAAAAGAUCGAACACGUCCCUGUCGAAGUUCAUGUAGAUAAACCCUACCCUGUUAAAGUUCUAGUACCACAACCCUAUCCUGUUGAAAAAACUGUUCAUGUACCUUACAAAGUGCAUGUUCCUGCACCAUAUCCCGUAGAAAAGGAGGUUCCGUAUCCAUACAAGGUGCCAGUGCAUGUUCCUAAGCCUUAUCCAGUCGAGAAAAUAGUACCUUACCCAGUGAAAGUUCAUGUAGACAGGCCAUAUCCUGUACAUGUCCCUAAACCUGUACCUUAUCAUGUUGAAAAGAAGAUCCCGUACCCUGUAUUCAAGCCUGUUCCAGUACCAGUUAAAGUACACGUAGACCGUCCUAUUCCAUAUCCAGUAGAGAAACCUCAACCCUAUCCCGUGAAAGUACCUGUACCCGCUCCAUACCCCGUAGAAAAGAAAAUCCCAGUACCUGUAGAGAAACCAGUACCAUACCCUGUAAAAAUCCCAAUUUUCAACCCAGUACCUUACGAAGUUAAAAAGAAAGUACCGGUAGUCGUAGAAAAACCCGUACCUUACCCUGUAAAAGUACCGGUAGCAGUACCAGUCCACGAAGAACACGGAGGUGGAGGUGGAGGUGACCUAGGUGGUUCCAGUGGUGGACUUGAAGGAGGACACGAUUUCGGAGGAGGUCUGGAAGGAGGUCACGAUUUUGGAGGAGGAAACGAAGGAGGUCAUGAUUUCGGAGGUGGAUUUGAAGGAGGUCAUGAUUUCGGAGGGGGUGAAGAGCACGGAGGUGGCUACGGACACCGCUAGUACCUGAGAGUACCGACUUAAAAUUUUCUAGGACAUUAUUAGGUUUACGUCAGUAUUAGUACCUCCUUUUUUACUGUAU